AUGCUCUCUAAUUCCCAUUUCACGCCCUUCUCUACUGCUCAGGCAAAUGGAUUGAUCGUUGUUCCCGCGUUUGCCUUACUAUCUGCGCUAGCGCUCGCUUUCAUAGUUUUCAGAAGUAUCCACCUCGUGGUAAUCCCCUCAUUCCAGCGUAACGGGCCGGCGUGCAGAGCUCCCGAGAACCUAUUCUUCCGUACUCAACUAGGCCAUUAUGCUGCAUCCCUUGUUUUAAGCAAUGUUUUCCUCACUGCAGCUGGGCUUAUGGAGUUUUUCUGGGUCAAACAAUCUGGGAUCCAUCAAGGCUCCAUGUGCACUUUUCAAGCUGUCCUGAUGCAGAUAGGUUACUGGUCCACCUGUUUCUUCUCUGGUGCUAUCGGUGUCCACACGUGCAACUCCCUGGUAUUUCGUCUCUACCAAAUUAGUUAUCUGAGCGUUGUGGUCAUCGCCUUCGGAUGGAUCAUGUCGCUGCUGAUUGCACUGGCACCCAUCACCCAAGCUGGCGUCUAUGGUCCAGUCACUGUUUCAUGUGGCGUCAUGACGGCAUAUCCCGGCAAGAUAUUUGGGCUUGAAGCUUUUCCGGUCAUUCUCGUCUCUGUGCUUUCGGUCAUUAUUUACUCCCCGAUAUUCCUUUUUCUCGGGGGUAUUCUGCAUGUCAAAGGGGGUGUCAAAUUGACUUGCAAGGCCCAGGGACGAUGGUGUGCUGUGACCGACUCGGAGGAAUAUCACCGCUUCUUGGCAGCUGUCGCAAGGACGAUGUUUUGGUACCCUAUCGCAUUUGUCUCCCUCUUGUUGCCGAUCGCGGCUGUAAAUAUGGCACAAUCUUCUGGUCGUGUUAUCCCAUUUGGAGCAGAAGUAUUUGCGCAUGUAUGCAGUUCUAUGCUUGGGCUUGUCAAUGUCGGUCUUAUGUACAACACCUUCCGUGUGCUCAGUCCAGUCUUCCAUUGUUCAACGCUGCCAAAGAUUCAGGUUGAUACAAAGACUUUUGGAAACGACGCGUUCGACGAAUCGCCUAUUCUUCCCGCAGUCGCUCACAUGCCCAAAGGACCGCUUUUACCUCUGUACAAUGAUACCUCCAAGGCAAUAUCACCAGUCUCGCUGUCAGAUUUUCCGCCAGUUCAAUAUCAUUCUCGCAACUCCUCCACUGCAAGUACUGAUUCCGCGACUCACUUGUUGAGCACCAAGAGGACACCCUCGAGGUUUCACAAGAUGAGGGUCAGGCAGGGCGAGUCGUUACUGCCUCUGUCUCGUGCCAUUCUCACUCCUUCGGAGCUCAAUCGCCAGCUCGAUGCUGCGUCUGAUACAGAGAGUCUCAAGGGUCACAACCUUCGCAUCAACUUGCCUCAGAUGGCUGAGGUCAAUACACCCAGAAUGGCCGUUGUGACUGUCAGCCUAUCGCCUGCACCUCGUUCUUCUACUGCAUCGGUGAUCACCAGCUCUCCAAUCGUACCUACGUCUAUCCAAUCCUCGAACCCUUCUCCCAUUAUGAGGCAGUUCACUGCGGCCUUUGGGAGGCCGAGCCGCAAGUUGUCUAUGUUUGGGUCACAGUCAAAAGGCAGUGGUAAAAUACCUCUCAUUCUUACUGUUGGGCAGCCGCUUUCGCCUGUCCCUACCUCCCCAGCUGACAAGAGUUCAACAAAGAAGUCUGUCUCCCGGCUCCGCGUACCUUCUAUAAAACGCAGACCUACUCCAUUGGAUCUCACUGAUGCCAUUCCUACACCCGUCAUUCGGCCUCUACCUGUCAUUAAUACAAAGGCUGAGGCUCUUCAGAAGGUUGACAAAGGUAAAGGCAGAGCACCGCCAUCGCCUACAACUCUGGUGGAAAGGGAUGUUAUAUCCCGUUCCCACGCUGCCCUUAGACAAUUACCUCAACUCCCCCGAAACAGUUCAGGAUCCUCGUCUUCUAGUGCGCACAGUCACCCCGAAGCUGCCACAUCUGCUGCCCCUCAUGAACGUCACGGUUCAAUAUCGUCGCUCUUAUCCAUAUCUUCUAUAUCUUCCUUCCUGGACAGUCUUCACAGCACCCAUUCAACGAGCUCAGUUGACGGAGGAAGUGAGAAAGUCCUGCCGAGCAUCCCACUGACGCGCGGCAAUACCAUUGAAAGCAUGGACUCCGAGUCGUCUUUGUCCUCUUCUUUCGAGAAACAUAAACAAAGUGAGAGAUCGACCUGGAUGACGGUCUGGUCGCAGGACAGUGCUGUUACCUUAAGCCAGCCCCCCGACGAGGAGACCAUGCUUGCAUAUGCAUCACUUGUCCCCGGUGCGAGCAUGACCAUGGGUGAUCAGGCGAGUGUAGAGAAUGUUCCGAAGAGAGAGGACGUUUCUCCUGUGCCUCGCGCUCCGAUACCAUUUGCACUUCGGCCAGGCCAUUCGAUGGUAAAGUUGUCGGGUAUCCCACCUUCGUUGCGGACAUGA